AUGCCGUCACUCCCCAAGACCUCCACCACAGGCAAACCUUUCCUCAUCUGUUGUGCCAACCUCCUCUUAAUCCUCCUUUUCCUCAGUUCCUCUGGCGUUCACGGUGCUUCUCUCAGAGAACACAGACUACGAGGAAGUGAAUCAGACUCCCAGGGAGGAGAUGUCCACCAGGCUCCUAAUGCCGACAUGCUCAAAGCUUUGGAGUACAUUGAGAGCCUCCGUCAAAGAACUGGCACGGACUCCCAGCAGCACGCCCAUCUCGCUACAGGGUACGAUACCAGCCACAUGGAUGAUGCUGAGAAGCUGCGUGCCAUGCUGAGACUGGCUUCUAACCCUAUGCAGAGCAAAGAUGAGGAGGAAGAGGAGGAGGAGGAGGAGGAGGGAAGGGAGGACAAAAGUGAAGAGCUGCUCCAGGCUGUUCUCAGCACCCUCCAGCAGACGGAAAAAGCCUCCAAGCCAGCUUCACUUCCCCCCAGCGUCGAAGGAGCGGGCAUAAAGGAUGGCAUGUAUCCCAGGGUGCAGCAGAAGCAACUCAGCAUCAAGCCUCACAAGAAGCUGCCGCUAAUGUUUGAGGACGAGGAGGACCAUGAGAGCCCCUUCAAACGCACCAACGAGAACGUGGAGGAGAAGUACACGCCUCAGAACCUGGCAACUCUGCAGUCUGUGUUUGACGAACUGGACAAGCUGACAAGUGUGAAGACCAUGCAUAAACGCCAAGAUGAUGAGGAUGACAUGGAGGAGAGUGAUGAUGAGGAAGAAGAUGAUGAUAUGUUUAAUGUGAGGAAUGUAGCAUACAAUGACGUAGGCGGGGAUCUCGCAGACUGGGGUCCGCUACAAGAACAGGAAGAGGGAGAAGAGGAGGAGGAGGAAGAGGAGGAGGAGGAGGAGAGGGACAACAAACAUGAGGCUGACCGAGGGCUUGAUUAUGUUGACGACAAUGACGAAGAAGCUGAUGAGGAUGAUGAAGUGGAAGAUGAUGAAAGCUACCCAGUCAAGAGAGCGAAAGAGCCAGAUGACGUUGCUAACCUGGUAGACUAUUACCUCCUAAAAGUGCUGGAGAAAACAGAAGAAGAGCAGAAACGACAGUUAGAGGAGAAAAAGAGGGCAGAGAGGAGAGUGGCUCAGACAGUGUACAGAGAUAACAUAGAUCCACGGGCCAUCUACCAGCUCAUUCAGAUCUCCCAAAAAUACCAGAUCCCACCUGAAGACCUUGUGGACAUGCUCAAAACCAGAGAACCGACGAAUCAAGACAAGUUACGAAAGAGCAAUGAAUUAGCCAGAGCAGAAAACAAGCUCUCUCAGAUAUCCUCAAAGAAGACACGCAAAAAUCCUGAAGCUAAAUUCUACAACAGACGCUUUCCUGAUAGACAAAAGACACCAGAAGAGAUUAGGACGGAAGAGAUACUAAACAUCUUGGGGUUAGAGGACGAAGAGGAUGGAGCUCCUGUCAGGAAGCAGAAGCAGUACAAAAGCUCGCAUUUAUUAAAAAACGACUAUGAUGACACCGUGGACGAGGAUGAACUGGCAGCAUAUUUAGCAGCUCAGAUGCUGGCACAGUAUCCAAACCCCGUGUACAGAAACAACAAGGCGAGCCAAAAGCGGGACGAAGUUGGACAGAGCAUGACGGGCUCUUUUGAACAGGCGAUACAAGCUUAUUUUGAUCAAAUAGACUCAGAUAAAAACCCAAAUGAAAAGAGACAGACUGAGGAUGAUGAGAGGGGCGGUGAAACACAAAUGCAGGGCUUUGAUAAUGAGGCUGUGAUGAAAUUGCUGAGCUUUCUGAACCCAGAAACUGAAGCAAGUGCUACUAAUACCAAAACUGCCCCAGGAAUAUAA